CUAUUUCUAAUGGCUUUUGUGUAGGAGCGGUGAAAUGUCGUGAGUUGUCCUCUCCGGCUUUCUGUCGUCAAAAUGAAUUUAAGUUGAACAGCCGUGAUUUCUUUUUAUUUAUUUUACUUUCAUUGGACUUUGGACUCUUGUCUCCCUCCGUCCCUCCGCCUGUCUGUGUGUGUGUGUCUCUGUGUGUGUUUCCCUGCGCCCCUCCAGUGUGUGCGCGGGGCAGCUGGCGGUCUGUGCUCGGCUCUGCUCGGCUCUGCUCGGCUCGGCUCACUGCUAGCAAUGGCGAUGCGGGCUGGCCAGCUCUUUUCUCCGUGCCUUCUCGCGGUGGCCGUGUUAUUGCUCGCCAACGGACCACAGUUUUUGCUCUGUUGUCCCAGUCGCUGUCUGUGCUUCCGAACCACCGUGAGAUGUAUGCAUCUGAACCUGGAGACCGUGCCAGCAGUCUCCCCUCAGACCACCAUUCUAGAUCUGAGAUUCAACAAAAUCAAGGACUUACAACCAGGUUCCUUCAGGCGAUUACAGAACCUCAACACACUCCUCCUCAACAACAAUCAUAUACGAAGGAUCCCCAGGGGGGCAUUUGAAGACCUGGAAAACCUCAAAUAUCUGUAUCUGCACUUCAACAACAUUGAGUCUUUGGAACCAGAAUCAUUCACCCAUCUACCAAAGCUGGAACGACUGUUUUUGCACAACAACAGAAUUACCCAGCUAGUCCCAGGAACCUUCACUCAUCUUCAGGCCAUGAAACGACUGCGACUGGAUUCCAAUGCGUUAAACUGUGACUGUGAGCUGCUGUGGCUGGCUGACCUGCUGAAGCAGUAUGCUGAAUCGGGCAAUGCCCAGGCUGCUGCCACCUGCGACUACCCCAGUCGUCUGCAAGGCCGAUCAGUGGCAACACUCACUGCUGAGGAACUCAACUGUGAGGUACCCAGGAUCACCUCAGAGCCCCAGGAUGUUGAUGUUACAUCAGGAAACACUGUCUACUUCACCUGCAGGGCCGAAGGCAAUCCUAAACCACAGAUUAUAUGGCUCAGGAACAACAAUGCUCUAAAUAUGCGUGAUGACAGUCGUCUGAACCUGCUGGAAGAUGGGACACUGAUGAUCCAAGACACCAGGGAAACGGAUCAGGGAGUCUAUCAAUGCAUGGCCAAAAAUGUUGCAGGGGAGGUCAAGACUUCACAGGUCACACUGCGAUAUUUCGGAGCCCCCUCGCGACCAAGUUUUGUGAUUCAACCCCAGAACACUGAGGUCCUGGUGGGAGAGAGCGUGACACUGGAGUGCAGUGCCACAGGCCAGCCACAGCCUAGAGUCUCCUGGACAAAGGGAGACAGGACACCCCUGCCCAACGACGUUCGCAUCAACAUCACCCCCUCCGGAGGGCUUUAUAUCCAGAAUGUGGUCCAGGCAGAUGGAGGACAAUAUACAUGUUUUGCCUCUAAUAAUGUCGACACCAUACAUGCCACAGCUUAUAUCAUUGUCCAGGCGAUCCCUCAAUUUACUGUCACGCCGCAGGACCAGUCAGUCCUGGAGGGUCACACGGUGGAUUUCCCCUGUGAGGCAAGUGGUUAUCCGCAGCCAGUGAUUGCCUGGACCCGAGGGGGCAGUCCAUUGCCUUUGGACCGCCGGCACGUGGUCCUGUCUACUGGUGCGCUUCGCAUCACUCGGGUGGCAGCUCACGAUGAGGGCCAGUACGAGUGCCAAGCAGUCAGCCCUGUGGGGACCGUGCGCAUUGCUGUGCAACUCAGCAUCCAGCAGAGAGUAACGCCUGUUUUCACAAAUGCUCCAAGGGACCUGACGGUGGAGUCUGGCCAGGAUGUACAGAUUCCCUGCAGCGCUCAGGGUCAGCCACCACCUGUCCUCACCUGGAACAAGGAUGGUGUACAAGUGACAGAAAGUGGCAAGUUCCACAUCAGCCAGGACGGUUACCUCGAGGUGAAGGAUGUGGGCACUGCCGAUGCCGGACGCUAUGAGUGUGUUGCCCGCAAUCCCAUUGGCUACCAGGUUGCUAGCAUGGUGCUCACGGUCACAGUACCUCCAGUCAGCAGAGAGGGGGACACCUAUGUCAGCACGUCCAUAGAGCAGGCCAUCCGUAAUGUGGACAGUGCUAUUGAGUCGACAAGGAGACGUCUCUUUGAUGGUCAGCCUCGUAACCCGGGAGAGUUGCUGGCUCUUUUCCGAUACCCACGCGACCCUUACACAGUGGAGCAGGCUCGUGCCGGGGAGAUCUUCGAACAGACUCUUUUGCUAAUCCAGAACCAUGUCAACCAGGGUCUAAUGGUUGACACCAAUGGCACAGCAUUUCGUUACAAUGACCUGGUGUCUCCCCACUAUCUGGAUGUGAUUGCCAACCUGUCAGGCUGCACUGCCCACCGACGUUUCAACAACUGCUCUGACAUUUGCUUCCACCAAAAGUAUCGCAGUCACGAUGGCACCUGCAACAACCUGCAGCAUCCUAUGUGGGGGGCCUCACUUACUGCUUUUGAACGACUUCUGAAAUCUGUCUAUGAUAAUGGAUUUAACUUACCAAGAGGUUCCACUGAGCGCCUCCUUAAUGGAUACAAGUUGCCGCUGCCGAGGCUGGUGUCUACGAUAAUGAUUGGAACGGAGACUAUCACUCCAGAUGACCGCUACACUCACAUGCUGAUGCAGUGGGGUCAAUUCCUAGACCAUGACUUAGACUCCACUGUGGUGUCCCUCAGCCAGUCACGGUUUUCGGACGGCCAGCUGUGUACUCAGGUCUGCACCAAUGACGCACCUUGCUUCCCAAUCCAGUUCCCACCCAAUGACCAGCGGCAGCUGCGAAGUGGGGCCCGCUGCAUGUUCUUUGUGCGAUCCAGCCCUGUGUGCGGCAGUGGGAUGACAUCUUUACUGAUGAACAGCGUGUAUCCGAGAGAGCAAAUCAACCAGCUGACCUCUUACAUUGAUGCUUCAAAUGUUUAUGGCAGCUCACGGCAUGAAUCGGAGGAAGUCCGAGAUUUAGCCAGUCAAAGGGGUCUGCUCCGCCAAGGUAUCAUCCAGCGAACAGGGAAGCCACUUUUGCCGUUUGCCACCGGACCACCCACUGAGUGUAUGAGGGAUGAGAAUGAGAGUCCAAUUCCAUGUUUCUUAGCUGGAGACCACCGUGCCAAUGAGCAGCUGGGUUUGACUGCCAUGCACACAGUGUGGUUUAGGGAACACAACCGCAUAGCUACAGAGUUACUGAGACUCAACCCACACUGGGAUGGAGACACUAUCUACCAUGAGGCCAGGAAAAUAGUGGGGGCCCAGAUGCAGCACAUCACCUACAAUCACUGGUUGCCAAAGAUCCUUGGCGAGGCAGGCAUGAAGAUGAUGGGGCCAUACACUGGUUAUGACCCGAAUGUUAACGCUGGCAUCUUCAAUGCGUUUGCCACGGCUGCUUUCCGGUUUGGCCACACCCUCAUCAACCCAAUACUGUACAGGUUAGAUGAGGACUUCCAGCCUAUCCCCCAGGGCCACAUCUCUCUGCACCGGGCCUUCUUCUCUCCAUUCCGCAUCGUCAAUGAGGGUGGCAUUGACCCGCUACUUCGUGGGCUCUUUGGCGUUGCUGGUAAAAUGCGUGUUUCCACACAGCUACUGAAUACAGAGCUGACUGAGAGGUUAUUCUCAAUGGCCCAUGCUGUGGCGCUGGACUUGGCUGCCAUGAAUAUACAGAGAGGGAGAGAUCACGGCAUACCACCAUAUAACGAUUACAGGACGUUCUGUAACCUGUCCUCAGCUCAGACGUUUGAUGACUUGAGGAAUGAGAUCAAGGAUGCUAAUGUGCGAGAGAAACUACAAAGGCUGUAUGGCACUCCUCUGAAUAUUGACCUGUUCCCUGCCCUCAUGGCCGAAGACCUGGUUCCUGGUAGUAGGCUGGGUCCCACUCUCAUGUGUCUACUCACAGCUCAGUUCAAACGUGUGCGGAAUGGUGACAGGUUUUGGUAUGAAAACCCAGGUGUGUUCACUCCAGCCCAGCUGACCCAGCUGAAGCAGGCUUCUCUGACUCGAGUGCUAUGCGACAAUGGUGACAACAUCACCCGCAUCCAGCAAGAUGUGUUCAGGGUGGCCGAGCUGCCCCAUGGCUACAGUAGCUGUGACGACGUCCCUCAGAUCGACCUGCGCAUGUGGCAGGACUGCUGUGAAGACUGCAGAACCAAGGGUCAGUUCAACGCCCUUUCUUACCACUUCAGGGGACGCAGAUCAGCUGAGCACAGCUAUAAAGACGAUAAACCUGCCGACAGCAUCCAGGAGAACAGCAUAGUUGAAGAAGCAGCAGGAAGUCUUGUAAAUGUGACAGUGGCUUCCAAAAAGAGCACUGAACCUUCAAUCAGUGACUUCCAGGAUUUUGUGUCAGACAUGCAGAAGACGAUCACAAGCUUACGGAAGCAGAUAAAAAGACUUGAAGCUCGCCUGAGCAAGACUGACUGCACUGAUAGUGAGGGGCAUGAGCGAAAAGAUGGACAACGGUGGAAAAAGGACCCCUGCACCAUAUGUGAAUGCAGAGAAGCCCAGGUGACCUGCUUUGUUGAGUCUUGUCCAACCGUCGAGUGCAAGCGGCCCAUCAAGCUAAAGGGCACGUGCUGUCCAGUGUGCCUGGAGCACGCUGAUGCUGACGAGUGGCAAAAAGCCGAUGCUCGGCACGAAUAACCCUCAGGACUCCCUGAUGAUCCCCCUGACAAAUACACUCCAGUGUCUGAAAGUUACACACUCAUACUCAGACAUAUUGAGAGAGGAGAUGAGACUCAUGAAGGCGUGCUGAUCCACAGCCGCCGGUCACCUCGACGGACUCAAUAGCCUCGGCUCAGUUUUAGUUUUUGCUCGAUUUCUCGUUUAGUUUUCUCUUCGAUCAGGGGAGGAUUUUUUUUUUUUUUUUUUUUUUUUUUUUUUUAAAUCACGUCAGCUUGUUACACUCAUCAUGGCCAACUGCCCGAGGCUUGUAUGAAAACCUCUGGCAACAAGCCAACAAUCACUAAAUGUCUAUUUUUCUGAGCGGAUGGAUGGAUGAAUGGGAGGAUUAUAAACAAGAUGGACACACCUCUCCUUGCUUCUGAAUAAGCAGCCACUGUUUGUUCCCCUGCAGCUACACAAGAUGAAAACGCAGGAUCGAUUGUUGUCGACAAGCAGGAAAGGGAAGUAGAUUGAAAGGUGACUACCAUUUUGUCGUCUCUUUAAAAUGUUCUCAGGUUAGAGAUGCCGAAAACUGGUGCUAUUUUCCCCAUUUUUACUACGAUUUAUUCACUAAAUACAAACCUUCAAAGUAUUGUCUUUUGUAUGCAAAGCAACGUGUAUAUACUCCGUAUAUUUCUCCUUUAUGAUACAACACAAGUAAGAGGAUGGUUUUAUUCAAACUAAAAGACUUUAUGAAUAGAGUUACUUCACCUUUUAAUCCACGGUGCUUUAUAUCAUGUUAUAAUUGUGUAUUAUUUUCCCUUUUUGUAUAAAAAUGCGUACAUAUGAAGAUAAUGUGAAGCCCUACAAAAAUGUUUGUAAUGCGAAAGAAAUGUCUACUGAAUACUGCUCCUGUAUCCAUGGAUAACUUGUUAAGUUCUUUUCGUGUGUGCUGGCCUGUCCUGAGCUUGAGUGAGGUGGAGCCAUGUGGCGCUCUCCAUUGCAGGACACUCGACCCAGCUCUCACACUGUUGUGGUCCUUUCAAAGCGUGCUUUCAGAAAGCAGUGAAAGAACAUCCACUUUACCACUGUAAAAAUGAAAUGUUGUGAAUUUUAACCCAGUAUUUCCCCAGCCCUCUAAAGCCAAAUAUAUGAUUUAGUAACUUCUAAGAUUACGUAAAUAGCAUGACUCUAUCUAUGAAACUAUGUAUGGAUGUGGUAAUGGUCAGGAUUUAGCCUUUGGUACUGCUAACUCUACCACAGCAGUAUUCUCCUUCUGAUCUGCUCACAGUUGUUUUUUUAUUCAUGUAUAGUGUUUAGUCCAUAGACAACAGUACACACAACUGAAGGACUGCUACUAAAACUGUUUAUCUCUGCUGUUGUGGACCUGCAGCUCUUAAGGCUCCAGUUUACACAAGGACACGCUUGCAUGCAUUCCUUUGUUAGGCAUCCACUUUGACUCCUCCCUUCCCCUCUUUCAGUUUUUGUCCGUGUGUAAUGUUUCCCCCUACGAGGACAGUCUGCAGUGUUGCUAUAGGCUAGGAAUGCUUACCCUGCUCAUGUUUCUGUGCCAUAUUGAAGUUUUUGAGUCUGGAGUGACGUCAUUAGUGGAGCAUGUGUGGAGCGCAGGCUUCUCUGGCCCUCUGACCCUCAUUCCACUGUAAUGGAAGCCAUAUGAGAGGGGAGACAAGGGUGGUGUUGGGGGAGGAGUGCCGAUGAUUGGAAUACAGUGUCAAUCAAAGCAAGUCUUCACCAUCUUGCUGUUGUGAGACGGAUAUAUUCCACUGACUCCUGUCUGCUGGCUUUUCACAUGUACUGUACAUAGACAAAUACCACUCAUCAUACUCCAUGCACUGGCUCACUUAGUGUAACACAAGUCCCAUUUAUGUUUUCCUGUUUUGCUUUGUUUUUAAUUGUGUUGAAGUGACUGCAGCUGCAGUGUUCCUUUCCAUUGUUUUCUUUAUGUGGUAAUGUCCUGAGCAAGCGUCUGUCACUGAACAGAAAUAGUUUCUCCAGAAUGUUCCAUUCAGGACUCCAGAAGGAUUACAGGGCAGGCAGUCACACUGGUAAAUUGGUAUCAUAUCAUAUGUUCAAAUAUACUGGACAAGUUUGUACAGCAAACUGUGUGUUUACAGUUGUGUAUUUUUCUCUCCUUCAUAGUUUUCUGACUGAAGCCUCUCCUACAGUACCAUGUAACAUCCUGUGAUCUGAUCGAUGUGUUUUUACAGAAGUUUGUAUUUUGAUAUAUUUUGAUAAACCUUGUGCUUGAGUCUCUUUGUAUCUCCGUAACAGGCUAAAUGCAAUUUGGCAAGUGUCCCUCGGUUUGGCUGCCAAAGCACUGUGAGCUCUCUUCGUUACCAGCCUUCAUGUUGGUAAUCGUGUGUAUUGUUUCAUUUUAUACUUCCCCCUCUUUUGAUUUCCCCUUGAAAAAGUUCCAUGUGUCAAUGGAAUGCACUGCUCCGCAAGACUGAACAUGCCUUACCUACACUGCCCCUUAACCAGCGGUCAAUGUGGAUAUACUAGAACCUAUCAUGACAGUUGUAUUGUACCUUUGCCAAAGAAUGGUUUGCACUGUAAUGUAUGCCUCUCAACAGUAAUAAUAAAUAAGCAGCAUUUGAAUUAUA